GGAGGCCGCCAUGGCUGCUGCUCGCGCCGAGGUCCUGGCGCUGCAGGCCGAAGUGGCCCGGCGCGAGCAGGAGCUGGACUCGCUGCGGCAGAGGCUGGCGGCGGCGCAGGCGGCGGAGCAGGGGCCGGAGCGGCCGCCGCCGCCGCCGCCGGCCGAGUCGCCGCUGCCCGCGAAGGCCGCCCUGUCCCGGCAGGAGAUCCUGCGCUACAGCCGGCAGCUGGUGCUGCCCGAGCUCGGCGUGGCCGGCCAGCUGCGCCUGGCCGCGGCGUCCGUGCUGGUGGUGGGCUGCGGGGGGCUGGGCUGCCCGCUGGCGCAGUACCUGGCGGCGGCGGGCGUGGGCCGCCUGGGCCUGGUGGACUACGACGUGGUGGACGUGAGCAACCUGGCGCGCCAGGUGCUGCACGGCGAGGCCCUGGCCGGCCAGGCCAAGGCCGCGUCGGCCGCCGCGGCGCUGCGGCGCCUCAACUCGGCCGUGGAGUGCGUGCCCUACGCGCAGGCCCUGACGCCGGCCACCGCGCUGGACCUGGUGCGCCGCUACGACGUGGUGGCCGACUGCUCGGACAACGCGCCCACCCGCUACCUGGUGAGCGACGCCUGCGUGCUGGCCGGCCGGCCGCUGGUGUCGGCCAGCGCCCUGCGCUUCGAGGGCCAGCUCGCCGUGUACCACCACGCCGGCGGCCCCUGCUACCGCUGCGUGUUCCCCGCGCCGCCGCCCGCGCACACGGUGACCAGCUGCGCCGACGGCGGCGUGCUCGGCGUGGUCACGGGCGUGCUGGGCUGCCUGCAGGCGCUGGAGGUGCUGAAGAUCGCCGCGGGCCUCGGGCCGGCCUACAGCGGCCGCCUGCUGCUCUUCGACGCGCUGGCCGGCCAGUUCCGCGCCGUGCGCCUCCGCGGCCGCCGGCCCGACUGCGCGGCGUGCGGCGAGCGGCCCACGGUCACGGCGCUGCAGGACUACGAGGCCUUCUGCGGCGCGGCGGCCACCGACAAGUGCCGCCCCCUGCAGCUGCUGCGCCCGGACCAGCGCGUCUCGGUCGCCGACUACAAGCGCCUGCUGGACGCCGGGGUGCCCCACGUGCUGCUGGACGUCAGGCCCCAGGUGGAGGUGGACAUCUGCCGGCUGCCGCACGCCCUGCACAUCCCCCUGAAGCGGCUGGAACUCCAGGACGCAGCCAGCCGGCAGCUCCUGGCGGAGGCCACCCGGGGAGCCCGGCCCGGGGCGCAGGACGGCGCGCGGGACGGCGCGCAGGGCGGGACCCCCGGCCUCCCCGUCUUCGUCAUCUGCAAGCUGGGCAACGACUCGCAGAAGGCCGUGAAGGUCCUGCAGGCCUGGAGUGCGGCCGGGGAGCUGGACGCGCCCUCGGUGCAGGACGUGGCCGGAGGACUCAUGGCCUGGGCGGCCAAAGUCGACGCCACGUUUCCCGAGUACUGAGCAGGGACGCCAGGAUGCCCCGAGGCCACCGGCCGGUGCAUCGAAGACUGCUCU